UUUCCAUCCCCAAGGCAGCGACCCAUUCUGCUUGAUAUCGCGCCACUACAUAGCCGGUCAUUAUCGUCGGGGAUGCAAAAAGAACAGGUCAUUAUCGUCGGAGCGGGCCCUUCGGGGCUGGCCAUGGCGGCUUGCCUUAACCACCACUCAAUCCCAUACAUAAUCCUUGAAAGAGAAGACUGUAUCGCUUCUCUGUGGAAGAAAUACGCCUACGACCGUCUCCACCUUCACUUAGACAAGCAAUUCUGCGUGCUCCCUCACAUGCCCUUCCCCGACUCUUACCCACGUUUCGUCUCCAGACAACAGUUCGUAAGCUACUUAGACGACUACGUUUCUCGUUUUAAGAUCAGCCCUUUGUACCGUCGGACCGUCGAGUCAGCGGAGUUCGACGGAGAGACCGGGAAAUGGAUCGUUAAGGCCAGGAACUUGGGUUCCGGCGAGGUGGAGGAGUUGGAAGGGAGGUUCUUGGUGGUGGCUAGCGGUGAAACGAGCAACCCUUUUACGCCGGUGAUUGAAGGGCUUAAUACUUUCCCCGGUGAUGUUCUUCAUUCGACGCGGUUCAGAAAUGGGAAGGCGUUUCAAAACCAGAAGGUUUUGGUUGUGGGGUCGGGGAAUUCGGGCAUGGAGAUCGCUUUUGACCUUGCCAAUCAUGGUGCCCAAACUUCUUUAGUUGUUCGAAGCCCGGUUCACAUUCUUUCAAGGGAUAUGAUUUACUUGGGGCUAAUUUUGGUGAAGUAUAUACGGGUGAACUUGGUGGACUCGUUAAUGGUGAUGCUUAGCAAGCUUGUUUAUGGGGACUUGUCCAAGUACGGAAUCAACAGGCCCAAGGAAGGUCCAUUUUUCAUGAAAGCUGUCUAUGGAAAAUACCCUAUUACUGAUAUUGGUACAUGUAAGAAGAUCAAGUCCCAGGAGAUUCAGGUGUUGCCGUCUAUAUGUAGCAUAAGAGGCAAUGAGGUGGUGUUCGAGAACGGCACAACGCAUCCCUUCGACACAAUCGUCUUCUGCACCGGCUUCAAGCGCUCCACUAAUGUCUGGCUUAAGGGAGAUGAUUACCUGCUGAAUGAUGAUGGGAUUUCCAAGCUGAGUUUCCCAAACCAUUGGAAAGGAAAGAAUGGUUUGUACUGCGUCGGUCUGUCGAGAAGGGGGCUAUAUGGGGCGGCUAGCGAUGCACUCAACAUAGCCGAUGAUAUCAACUCACUUCAGUAACUAAAUGGUUCCUUUGAUCCACCAAUAUUACAUAUUCUAUACCAAGCAGAACACACAUAUUAGUUCACUUGUGACUAUGUACUUAUGCAUGCAUGCAUCUAUGCACGGAUGUAUGUGUUGAAAGAUGGAUGCAUGAUAUAGCCAAACCGAGGUGGUUUAGGGUUUAAGCUAUCUGUAUGAAUAAUCAUUUCCUUAGUAAAUCCAAGAGAGUUAUAGUA